AUGGAAAAGCUAAAUUUUAUUAAGAAUGGAGUGAGCAAAUUGCCUCCUGGUUUUCGUUUCCAACCAACAGAUGAAGAGCUUGUGUUUCAGUACUUGAAAUGUAAAAUCUUCUCGAGCCAGUUGCCAGCUUCAAUCAUUCCUGAGAUCAAUGUCAGCAAAUAUGAUCCUUGGGAUUUGCCAGGAAAUUGUGACGAGGAAGAGAGGUACUUUUUCAGCUCGAAGGAAGCAAAGUAUCGAAACGGCAAUCGCAUGAACCGAACAACCAACUCUGGCUAUUGGAAGGCAACAGGAUCAGACAAAAAAAUUUCUUCGUCAAUAAGUAAUGGUACUGAGGGGGUGAGAAAGACUCUCGUAUUUUAUCAUGGGAAACCUCCACGUGGCACUCGCACUCAUUGGGUCAUGCAUGAAUAUCGCCUCGUCAGUGUAGAAACUACUACUUCCAAUUCUUCCCAGAACUAUGUAAACGAGAUAGGGGAUUGGGUUCUGUGUCGCAUAUUCAUGAAGAAAAGAAGUAUAGAAAGUGACGAGAACUCUACAUCACCCAUGCUGAAUAAGAACAAUAACACCGUGAGAAAUAAUGUUGAAGUGGCUCAACCAAGAUUCUUUGAUUUUAUGAGCGUACAUAACUCAGUUCCUGCUCCUAUACAUUCUUCUACGUCCUCAUCUUGUUCAAGUUCCAAUUACUUCGUAGAAGGCUCUUCAUCUGACCACGAAGAAACAAGCGGCUAUGCUCAUUUUUAA